UGUGUGUGUGUGUGUGUGUAGCUGUGGUGCUCUUGAACAGACCUCAGGUUUUCAUUCCCGGGUAAAUGUCUGUUGAAACAACACCACGAGUUCCUGAACUAUUUCUGUAACAUAGAUUUCAUUGUGUGUAUGCGAUUGGAGGUUUCCGGGAAAAGACUGCUUGUUUUUUUGUUUUGUUUUUUAAAUACGUGAGUUGUUGAAACUGUUGCAGCUGAAAGUCUGUCUGCUGGACAGAGACACAGGAGGGAUGUCGCGCGGCGAGCUGGAAAAGCUGGACCCGGCUGAAUUCCAGAAGCAGUUGCACAGUCUGAAGUUUAGCAUGGAACAAGAGGUUGACAGUAAUCUGUACAAUGACACUGACUCAGACACGGCGGAUAAAAAGGAUGCUUCCAAGUGUAAAGUCAAAUGGACUCUGGAAGAGGAUGACAAUCUCAAAAUCCUGACCAGCAACUUUGGGAAAAAAGAUUGGAAAACCAUUGCCAGUUUUUUACCUGGGCGAACAGAGCUCCAGUGUAUGCACCGCUGGAAAAAGCACCUGGAUCCUGAUAUAGUGAAAGGUUACUGGUCCAAAGAAGAAGAUGAAAAGAUUGUAGAGCUGGUGGACAAAUACGGCAACAAACACUGGUCUUUGAUUGCCAGGCACCUGAAGGGGCGGAUGGGGAAACAGUGCCGUGAGCGCUGGCACAACCACCUCGAUCCACUGGUGAAAAAGAGCUCCUGGACCGAUGAAGAAGACCUCAUCAUCUACAAAGCCCACACCAUUCUGGGGAACCGGUGGGCUGAGAUUGCCAGGCUCCUGCCAGGAAGGACAGACAAUUCUGUAAAAAAUCACUAUAAUUGCAGCAUCAAACGUAAAGCAGAGUUGGGCUUGUUUAAAGACAUUGCUGACAGCAUUUCCCUUGAUAUUCAACAGUUUGUGGAAGGAGAGGUGGACUUCAAGUGUGACGUUGUAUUAGAUGCUGAACCAGUAACUCCUAAAAUGGUCAGAAUAAAGAAAGAAAAGAAGCAGAUGGAGCCCCAGAAAGUUCAGCAUAAGGGGGACGUGUCGGUUUCACAGAUUUUAGCUUCCAGGAGAGAGUUCUCUUCCCACAGUCCCUCCUUGCCCCCCAGUUCAAGUUCCAGUCCCAGCUCCAGCUCAGGUGCUGCAGCAGUGGACCAGAAAAAGUUUACAGAUGCAGCACUGAGGAUGAUCGCCGAAGACAUGCUGCCACUCAGUUUUGUUGAAGGUGCUGGCUUCAGAUCAUUCAUCAGUACCAUCAGCCCUGAAUACAGCAAGCUAUCCCAGCGUGUUAUGGGCCUGCAGCUCUAUGAUGAGGUGGAGAAAACUAUCAAGCCUCAGCUCAUCCGGGACCUCAAAGCCUGCCUUGCCAAACCCAAAGAUAGUCAGAGCGCUAUUCAUGUCACUUUUGAUCUCUGGGCAGGGCAUUCAUCCCAUCCAGUGGAAGAAGCCAUUGUUGUUGUGCAGCUCCACUUUAUCAGUGAUUCCUGGCAGAUCCGCCGCCCCAUCGUAGCCUUUCGUCACCUCAGCCACAAAAACCUCAGUACCGCAGUGGCCCAGGAGCUUGAAGGUGUGCUGCUCAGCUACGGCAUCUUUCCUCACAGCAUUGGCUAUGUCCUCGCCAACCAAGCCAAAGAAGUCCUGGUUGGGAACAACUUGUUCUGCGACUACAAAAUUAUGCGCUCAUCUAACAGAGGAGAACCAGAUGGAGAUGAGUUAGUGGCAUUUCUGUCAGACCAGAUGUCUGAAACAGAGUCCCCCUUUUCAGAGCUGCAGAUUGGCACAAGGACCAUCUGUGUGGCCAAUACAUUGCAACUUGUGAUAAAGGAGGCACUGAAGAACUCCAGGGUUGUGGAAAACCUGCUCUCUCAGGUCCACAAUGUGUUGGCUUUCUUUAGGAGCAGCGCCUACUGGAGUGAGGUUUUGUUGAAGGAGUGCAACGUGUCCCUGUGCCCUUCAUCCACUAACUGUCGCUGGAACUCCAUGAUGCUGUCUUUACGUCGUAUGGUGCACGAGACCACCUGGAGCGCCAUCAUGACUCUCCUAGCUCAGGCUCGCAUAGAAGCUAACGACGCAGCCAGCGCUCCGCCUCUGGUCAUGGUCAAGAGGGAGCAAGUGAUUGACAUUCUGGGUCUCCUUGAACCUUUUGGGGAGGCCUUGCAGGUCCUGCAAGGAAACGGAGUGACCAUCUCUUUCAUCAUACCUUCCCUCAUUGGCCUUGAUAAGACCUUAGAGAGCAUUGCCACCAACUACACCCACUUCAACAAGGCCCUCCGCACAGGACUCCACACACGCUUCCAGUCCCUGAUUCACCAGAAAGACAUGAUACUAGCUGCCGUGCUUGACCCCAGGAUCAAACUCCAGCCAUUUUCUGACGCCAAACUGGAGGAUCAGACCGGUUUCCUAACACCUCCGACAAAGCAUCAGGCUCGUGCCAUCUUGGAAGCCGCAUUAGGAAGCAUGGAGGCUUCAGCACCUCCCCCCGUAGAAGCAGACAAAGAUCAGACCAGCAAGGACUCCAAAAAGGAGCAGGAGGGUGAAGAGGAGAGCCAAGCCGACACGCUGAUGGAUGCAUCUGGUUGCAGCUCGGAUGACAACAACUGCGAUGGUGUCGAAGGAAACGACCUUAAGCGCAAGUCCAUCUUUAACUUUCUCCAGCCGCCUGCGAAGACCAUGAAGACGUCCGAGCUUGAUAUGUACCUAACAGAACCACGGCUGGAAAGCAACUCCAGUGUGUUGUACUGGAAAUCUGCGACUCGGUUUCCUCAGCUCCAAAGCAUCGCCAAGAAGCUGCUGGCAGUACCAGCCACCUCAGGCGGCUUCGACCGGCUGUGUCAAAUGGCAACAUGUAUUGUAAAAGCCAAGAGGAGCCGCCUACCACCUCACACCACAGAGAGACUACUUCUAUACAAAAACUCUUUAAAGACAAAGACCGUUAAAAAGCCCAGUGGGAUCGCUAAACACUGAUAGGUCAAAUUGCAAUUGGGUCUGAUUAUUCUGUCCUCCACUCUCACUUAUUAUAAAAUACACUUUUUUUUACAAACAGUUGACUCCCUCAUGCCUUGACUUGAUCCCUCUCAAUUAAAUUUAUGCUGUCAAUUGUCUGUCAAAAACUGAAUUUAGCAUAAUUUCUACCUUGCAGGAGUCGUCAACAGCAGCAAAAUAUAUUAACAGUAUGAGGACAAUAUGCUCUUGAAAUAACAAGGACAAAGGCAACCGGCAGGUCGCCAUCAUAGAGUUUUAACUGUUGUCGUUUCUCUGUGGAUUGUGGGUUCAGGUGACUGCACUGUUAUCGAACGGCAGCUUCUGUUUGGCCAUCACACAAAGUAGCUGAACUACGUUCCAGAAACAAUAUUAUAUAAUAAAGGAGUGUUGUAUUUGAGCAUAAUGCAAAAGUAGAAGUAUGAAUUUAGGAGACAGAGAAAUGCAGUACAGGAGAGUGAACAUGAAUUUUGUCUUUUUGUAGCUGCUGCUUCUCACAGACGAAGGAGACAAUGAAACAUCUGUGGUCAGUCAACAUUAAAAAAAAAACAGUGGAAGACAGCAACGCACAUAUCCACCUCUAAUGACAUUGAAAUGAUUUUAAAGAUGUUACAAUCAAAUCGUCAUUUAAAGUGCUUUAGCAUCAGGCUGUGUGUCAUCUGUUGUACUCUUAUAUAUUGCACUGUGAGCGUUUGGCUAUUCAGUGCCCAAAAGAUUUAAAUGACUGAAAAUGCACUGUACAUGUAAGCAAAUAGUAUUUCUGUGUUGUAAUUUAUUUGUAUUGAAUGCUGUGCACUGCUGUACAGAUUGACUGUUGGGUCACUUGGUAGUGAAUUUCAUGAGUAAAAGCCAUGUUUAUUUUUAUUAGACUUUUACAGUUUGUUUAUAUUUUUCAUUUUUAUUGGUCAGUGAUGCAGCAGAGGUGCUCUGAUGCUGAAGAGCCUUGGAGAUUUAUAAACUGUUUUGGGUUUUUUUCUUAAAUAAAUUGUCUGAUGGGGGUUGGCAGUCAUUCUGCAUCAACACAGGUGGGCAACUUUUGCAACAGUAUGAACUUGAGAAUGUACCAGUGUACAGAAUAAAGGUAUUUUCUCUACAGUUUCCUGCUAGUCCAUUUUAUUUUUUUAUCAAAACAUGAAAUAACUAUUUACUGCGCUGAAAUACACAUUCGAACAUUCAAGCAAUGUUUGUAAAAUGACUGUGGCAUCGCUGUAAUUUAAAUGUUUCUAAAAA